AUGCAGAGCGGACAGUGCACCUCAUACGAGGAACCAAGACCUAAUUCCACUACAACCUUACUAUCUUUUGACCAAGAAGACAGUCCAAUGCCUUCUGUCACGGCGACAUCAGAUAUUGUCAGAUCAAAUCAAAGCAGUUCGCCUGUUGAUGAGAAUGUUGAUUUCAGACAACUAUCUUCUUGUAAUUUGGAAAAUGAAGAUGGAAUCAGUGAUUAUUCAUUUGCCCCUUCAAAGGCUCAUUCAAAGUCGGGCUCAGAACCGAAGAAAAAAUUCUACUGCACCUACUGCAAGAAAAGCUUCAAUCUGCUGAAUAUUCUCAAAGUUCAUGUCAGGAUACAUACGGGUGAAAAGCCUUAUGUGUGUACAAUCUGCCAGAAACGUUUCAAUCAGAGUGGUAAAUGCAAGAUACUACCUGAAUAUUUCCAAGCAUUACUAUAUCUCGACGAUGAUGGUGAUGAUAUUGACUAUUUCUUUCUUCUUCUUGUAGGGUCUCUAAAUCGUCACAUCCAAACCCAUUCAAGAAGAGCGAAUGCAAACAGCAAUUACCCCUGCAGAUAUUGUAAUCUUGUCUUUAUUCACUCUAGCCAGUUACAAGAACACGAGAGCAGUCGUCAUUUUAAAGAAAAUUCCCAACAUCCAUUAGUGUCCUCCAUGUUAUCUAAUGAAUAUUCAAGAAACCUAGAGGCGGUCGUGUUGAAUGACGAGCAAGGUAAUUCCCGAAUUCAUUCAGUACGACGACCAACAACUCCCUGUUCUCAAUUGCCCAAUUCCAGAAUAAACAUGCAUUCCAUGAAUCUAUUUGGUUCACCCCCUUGUCCAUUUCCAGAUAUUUCAAUGGCUUCAAGCCGUCAAUUUAUGGAAAACAUCGCCAAUAACCAUUCCAAUCUCGAUUUUCCCGGACCGUUAUCGCUUUCAACACAUUUCCCACCAUUCAUCCCUCCACCAUUUUUGAAUAGUCUGCCUACAUUAAGCAGUCCACCUUCUCAACCAUUUCCUCGUUUCUCGGUGGACAAUGCAACAGACAGUACGAAGAUUUACCAGCCACCUAUGUGUACAGAGACAUUCAGACAGAUUCUGAACAACAUGUCAAGUGGGAAAUGUGCCCCUGGGCUGCCUUUUCCACCUUCAAAUCAACCAAUGCUAUUUGAUUCCAGUUUCAUUAAUAAUAUGGCAAAACUGAAUGAGGGGAACGACCUCUGUGGUUCCAAUUCUAUAAACCCCAGCAUAACCAUGGAACCCCCUAUGACGUCUCCUAAUGGAACAAUGUCAAAUAAUAGUGACCGCACUUCGCCAAACAGUGGCAAUAGUGAACCAAGCAGUACUCCUAAUCAGCUGGCUUCGACACCCUGUGGAUCCCAACAAUCUGGAGAAACAGUUAUUUCCCGAGAUGGAAGACAUUGCAGUGUCUGUGACAAACCAUUCAACUGCAGAAGUGCCCUCAAAAUCCAUUUUCGGAAACACACGGGGGAGAAACCAUAUAUCUGCGUAUGCUGUAAGAAGUCGUUUUCUCAAAACGGAACAUUAAAAAGACAUUACGCGACAUGUAAGAUCGCGAAAAGUCUUGCUCAUAAUGAAGAUGCCUUAAAUACUGUGCCAUCGGCAAAUUCAAGCGGUCUCAUCUCAAUGCCUCCUCUUCCCCUUUUACAAAGAAAUACCUCAACAGCAAGGCAAAAUCUUCUUAGACCCCCGAUCUUGCCACCCCCGAAUAUGUUCAAAACCCUCUUCUCAAACCUCCCAGGUCACUCGACACCAAUGAAUAUUCCACCAUCUAUUGAAAAAGCAUUUAAAUUUAUCUUUGAAAACUAUCUUGCACAACAAAACGCCAAUACUGGGAAACAAGGUGAAAUGGAAGUUGAGAAUCAGAAAUCUGUUACGGAUUUUGCAGAUGAGCCAGAAGAUCUUUCCAGUUCAAGAUUGGACAAGAAGAAGUCACUGAACAAUCUCGAAACUAGGCAUUCGCUGGACUACGAUGCAGGCGUGAUAAAAGCCCCCAACUUCAAAUGA